CCGCACUGCACACUGAACCAGCCUGGACGGGGUGAGGCGGCAAUCCCAGUGUGGCCCUCAUCCAUCAUCGCUAUGGGAAUUACCACAGCGUUCUUCCUGAACCAAGCCCUGAUCCCGUACUAUCUGAAACCGGUCCACCUGGAGACACGGACUAUAAAACACUGCAGUUGAGAGCAGCACAGAGCCCGGCUCAGUCUCUCCUCCGGUCCACUGAGGGAGGAGAUCAUGAUGAUGACAAACAUCUAGAGAUGAAAAGUGCUUUCUCUAAGCAGACAACUUGAAACAGGACGUUUGCUCAUCAGUAUUUUGUAACUCAGCACGAUGUCUGCCCUGUGUGUGUCCGCAGUGCUCUUUUGUUCCGUGGUGGUUGACAUCUCGGCCCGGGUUUUGACCACUACCAGCCCAGCUGACCCAGCCCUCCUUUCCCCCCGACACUAUCAGCACACCGACCCGGACUCGGGAGCCCAGCUGGUCUGUGACAAGUGCCCGGCAGGAACCCACGUGUCGGUUCACUGCUCCCCAACAGCCGUGAGGGAGUGCAGCCGCUGUCCUGAAGGCACCUUCACGCGGGGCGAGAAUGGUCAGCAGAAAUGCCAUCCCUGCAGGGGCACGUGUCCUGCGGGGUUCAUUGAGAAAGUGACCUGCAAGCCCACCCAGGACCGAGUCUGCACAUGUCCAACCAACAGUUUCCUGUCUGGUGAUGGUGGCACAGAGUGCAGGCCACACUCUCUGUGCCUGCCAGGGACCAGGGUUAAAAGGAGGGGCAGUGAAACAGAUGACGUGGUUUGUAAGCCGUGCACCAAGGGAACUUUCUCAGACGUGGAAUCGAGUUUGCCGAAGUGCCGGACCCACACGGACUGCCAAACUCAGGGGCUGGUGCUGCUCACAAUGGGGACUAAAGAGACAGAUAAUGUAUGUGGACCCCCUUCUACCUCUUCAUCCAAGCCUUUCACCACAACCCCCUUACUGGGGCCUGCACAGGCUGUGCUUGUACAGGAACCUUCUUCAUCAACGCCUCCACCAUCGCUGAGUGGACCUGCGCAUGAAGACAUCUACAGCCAAUCAGCAGCCAUUCAACUAAGGGGAGUCCAGGGUGGGGAAGACCACCAUGCAGAGGGACGACUCCUCAACCAGUUAAGCACUUCCACCCCAACAAAUCAUGAACGCCCCCGGACUCCCGGGCAACUCAUGGAAGUCAAGCACCAACGGGGGAAACCAAGUUCUGACCCUGUGACGUACCCAAACAAGAAGGGGGAUGAGGUUCCGGAGGGUGCGGAUGUAGUCAGGGUUUGGCCUGGUAUCAGCAAGGUAGCAGGACAGGGGAACGCAGGUGGUGGGAGUGGGGUCCAAAGCUACUACAGGCCAACGCGCAGGGGUUCCCCAAGACCAAGUACCCACGAUCACUUUGACAUCAACGAGCACCUCCCCUGGAUGAUAGUGCUGCUGCUUCUGCUGGUGCUGGUGGUGAUCGUGAUCUGCAGCGUGAAGCGGAGUUCUCGUGUGCUGAAGAAGGGGCCCGUGCAGGACCCCAGCAGCAUCAUCGAGAAGGCAAUCCAGAAGAAACCAUCUGCGCCUCAAUCGCAGGUCAAAGAGAAGUGGAUCUACUACUCCAACGGACAGGGGGUGGAUAUACUGAAGCUGGUGGCGGCCCACGUGGGCACCCAGUGGAUAGACAUCUAUCAGUCGCUGGCGAACGCCACGGAGAGAGAAGUAGCUGCCUUCUCUAAUGGCUACUCGUCAGAUCACGAGCGGGCGUAUGCAGCGCUGCAGCACUGGACCAUCCGGGACAGCGACGCCAAUCUGGCCAAGCUGAUCAACGCCUUGCACCGACAGCGCCGCAUUGACGUGGUAGAGAAGAUCCGCUGUGUCAUGGAGGACAACCCACAGUUUGAUAUCAACCAGCUGAUGACCUCAGUGAAUGUAAGCCAAAGCCCGAGUCCCCUCCACAAGCGGCUCGACUCUCCCAGCAGCAACGGCAGCGACCGCAACAGCAACAGCGGUGCUAGCGUGGGCGGGGUCAGCGUGGGCGGGGGCAGCGUGGGCGGGGCCAGUGGCGUGGGCAUGGAGCAGUCGCCAGUGGACCGCGCCAAGUGCUUUUUCCCCGAUGAAUCUGAGCCCCUGCUUCGCUGUGAUUCCACCUCCAGCAAAGACUCCGCCCUCAGCAGGAACGGCUCCUUCAUUACCAAAGAGAAGAAAGACACUGUUCUGCGGCAGGUGCGUCUGGACCCCUGCGACCUGCAGCCCAUCUUUGACGACAUGCUGCACAUCCUGAACCCAGAAGAGCUGCACGUCAUCGAGGAGAUCCCAGCUGCCGAGGACAAGCUGGACCAGCUGUUUGAGAUUGCAGGAGUCAAGAGUCAAGAGGCCAGCCAGACGCUCCUGGACUCGGUCUACAGUCACCUCCCUGACCUGUUAUAGACAAGGAAAGAAGAAGGAACCACACAGAUUGUCAGAAUUGGCAUGGAAAUUUAAAAAAAACUCAGUGGGAAGGAUGACAGAUCUGGCAUUGUUCAGAUUAAGCAUGGGAUGACAUAGGAUCUCAGUAUUGUAUUGCAGUAUCUGAGUAUGAUGGGUUAUGUCACAUUGUCACAAGAUUUGAGCUAGGUGUAGUGGUUAUGUACUCCCUCAAAUGACUCUCUCCAAACUUCACAGGUAGUUUAAUCCUCUUACCAUCAAAUGUUCUUCAGUGGUCUUGUGUGUCUACCAGGAUACAGGGUUAAGUCAACGCUCAAUGUUCUUCUAGUGUCCCACCAGGGAGUACUUUUUUCAUUUUCCUACAGUAUGUUUAGCAUUGUUUAAGGUGGCCUUUGAGUGUAUUGUGACCUUAACCAUGAGGCUAAAGAGCCUCCAAGCUGGUGUGAAGAAAAAACAUAUAAAGCACUUUUUUUUCAUAACUGGCCAACGCCUUCACUUUGAAAGGGUAAUUCUGCUGUUUUCCUUGGUUCUACCAAUCUUCCAGGCUUUCCCUUUGCCUUUAACAUGAUGUCAGUGUUUAAUUUAACAUGGUGGGUUAUUGCUUACUGUCAAGAUAAGAGAAACUACACACAAACAAUAGUACAUAAGCUAUCGCUCUAAAUGACACUGGUAUUAUUCUUACAGUUUUUUCUGAAACCACAUAAUAGAUAUUUUGGCCAGUAUGAAUUGAACUGAAAGUUGUGUGCCUGAGCUUUUCUUAGCCCUCAAUUCCUUUUUUCCCACACGCUCCAGGUGCCUGUACCUGGAGCAGAUUAUUGUUGGGUUUUAGCAUAUUGGCUUGUAAACACUAUUCUGGCCAGCAGGGGGCAGUGUUAGAUGAGAUGGCUGAUCUGCUGCUCUAGAACCAAAGCCAUAUAUCAACAAUAUUGGAUUAAACAUCAAAACAAGCACACAUUGCAAUAUUGGAAACAUUUACCUAAUACCAUAUUAUGAUAUAUGGCUUUGUCUUUGAAAAGUUUUAUGAAAAAGGGUUCAGAGCUAAAAAUGAACUGAACAGGAACUGUGCAAUGUUUACCGCCCCUGCCUGCUUCUAUGGAACCAAAGCAAUAUUUCUAAAAUGUUUUAGGCAUGUUGCUUUGCUCUAGUACAGUUGUACUUAUGGACAGUAGGGUAUGAGCAUGUCUACCUGUAGACACAUUCAAAUCUCUGCUAGCUAACCCUGUUUGCCUCAACAAAUGUAGCGUUGAUAAAGUGAUCUAUUUCGGAGCUUCACGUGAGCGCGUUACAGUGUUAUAUUACAAUUACAAGAAUACAAGUGAAGUUUUUCAUGCAGUUGUAUGUUGCUACAUGAUCUAUAAGGUUGAUAUUCAAAUGUAACAGUGAUGCACUAAGUCUAUUUUUGAUUGGAGAGGUAGACAUGUAUUUUCAUUCUCCCGCAUUUUCUUUUAUUUCAAAAUGCUGUUCACUAACGUUUGAUUUUGUCCUAAUGUUUUCUACAUUUAGUUAGAUUUUUUUUAAUGUUACUGUAGCAUCUCAUAUUGACUUCUUUGUAUCUUAUGUUGUCAUGGGAAUUCAGAUGUAUUCCCCCCCCUUACUGCUUGGCAUAACAAGACGACCUGGCUGGGGUGUAAGAUAUGCAUACAUAAUACUCUACUUGAAGUCUACUUGUUUUAAUUGAGGAAGAAAUAAUGUACUCUUUCAGUUCCUUCGAAGUUAUAAAAAUAAGGAAAAAAUGGAGAAAAGAACCACCAAAAACUCAUCAACGUUGGGAAUUUUAAGGCACCAUAAGAGCAACAAAUGAUGGACUCUGUUUUUUUGGUGCUAGAUGUGAACUCUCACCAUUUGGCCUGACAAAGGGCUUCUUAAGCCCAGACUAAUAACUAUUUCAAGUAUUCCAGACUAAAUGAAGAAGAUAAAGGGUUGUGCUGCUGCGGACUAUGGGAUGUUGGUAAUGAUGAUGAGGAUGUGUGAUGCUUUGUGUGAGUUUUCUAAGGAAGUUUGACAGGAUGAAGUUGAGAUGUGAAACGCACAUGUGGCUUGAGUGGAUGAUUUCAACAAACUUCACGUGUGUAACCAGUAUGUUUACUACUAUGUAACCUCUUAAAAUCAACCAAUUAAAGCUCGAAGCAUUUCUUAUA